AUGAUUGUCAGCAACAAGCAACAAUGGUUUGCCAAUUACCUGCUCACCGGCAAGACACCUAGAGAUGCGGUAGGAUUAAAACCUCCUGGCAACGGUGGUUCGCCUGCAUUGGACAAGCCACUUCUUACCAUGGCACUGGAAACUCUUUCAAAUAUCCACGAUAUGCCCAAGAGUGUAGCUUUACCAAUACUUGAAUUUGUGUCGCUAUCUCAGAAUUUCUGGCCCUGGACGGUGUCCGAAUCACCCAAGCAUGGUGAAUUUAUCAAAGCUAUACUAGAAUAUGUGGGAAGCCUUCCACCACUACAGCCAUCUACGAAAUUGGAGGGCUCGAUCAAUGCCUGUCUUCAAAUAAAGGUACUAGCCUAUAUUGCAGAGUUAUUAGCGAUGCACCUAUUCCAUUCAAGGCAAACGGGAACACCAUCAUCCAUGGGAAACCUCUCCGAUACCUUAGAGCAUUACUUCAGAUUUGCUGUAGGGGUCCCGAGUUUGAAUUCCUCUCUACAUACUCAAUUGAAGCGAAAUUUUGAGGCACGUUAUCCUGGAUGCACUCCACAGGAUAUGAAACGGACAUCCCUUGAAGAUCGCCAAGUAGGGAAAGAUUAUUUCUAUCAUUUACCACUUGCUAAUAAAAUGCUCUGCCUUGAUCAAGCUUGGACUGGACGAAAGAAUGAUGGUUUGCGGCUUGAAUUUGAGACUGCUAAUGUCAACUUGUCCCUUGUUGACGCGCAAAUUGCCCUUUUCCACAGCUGGAAGAUUCUUGCCAUUGAGACCACCUGCACCGACGUUUCCAAAGACGUGAAAUUGCAGCAGGCAUUUAUUAAAACAUCAAUUGACUGUCUGAUUGCAAAUUCAAGGAGCCAAUAUCAAGAAGAGAUCUUCUCACGACUUUGCCAUCAACGCGCUGAUUUCGCACUCGUACUUACACAACGUUUGAUUGAAGCCAAAUGCACGGAUCCUGGAAUGAAACAACUGUUGAAGAAAUAUGCUGACUUUGAGCUUUCAAAAGCUUGGGAGACAAUCCGUGAACUACGAGGCACGUUCGACAGAGACCUCGCGAAAGAAGAUGCACCAUAUUACAGGUCCCUACUAAAACUCUUGUUCAUCUCGAUACGAGCUCACUCACCUAAUGCUACCGAGGUGAAUGCGAACCUUGACGCCUCUGUACGGAUGUCACAAUCAGCUCCUAUUAUACCCGUCAUCCUGGAUAUCAUCAAGUACGUUGUUUCUAUCGGUUUUCGCCAAAUCGCCUCCGCCAUCCAUGAGAAUGCUGCCGAGUCCUCCCCAGAGGAUAUCGGCCUCAUUACUGGUAUUUUCCAAUCCUGCCUGCGUGUCCCAGGCAUCGAACUCUGCCAAUCUCAAAUCGUGUCGAUAAUGGCUGCAAAUGGUACAGCUCGUGUAGCUACCACCCUCUUCUCCUGGUCUGACAGUCUUGCUGUCGAAGGCGACCCAGUCUAUGGCGAGCUCAGCAUCCUCUUCCUCCUUGAACUCUCCACCCUGCCUCUUAUGGCCGAACAACUAGCCAUUGAUGGCAUACUUGGUCAUAUCGCCUCUGCAAAUAUCACUUCCUACAUUCGCCGCGGUAAUGCUAGUCCUUUCGCCGAAGGCGCCGGUUUACAGCGGUGUUACAGUAUCUGGCAACGUGGUAUCUUACCUCUGCUUCUGAAUCUCCUGGAUGCAGUGCAGGCCUCGAUUGCCAUUGAAGUAGCCCUUUUCCUGAACCAAUUCGCUCCCCUUCUGGACCAGUCUGUGAAAGCCCUGGAGGCCCCUGAAUCCUCCCGGACAAUGUCUCAGGCCCAGACGAUGUUCAUUUCGUUCAGUAUGUGCUCUGAGGUUCAUUCAUUGGCACUCUUAAACUAUAUCCUGAACAGCUUUCCCGAUUUAGAAGUACCAGGCGUCAAGUGGGAUGCACCUGCCGUUCUAGAAAAUGUCGAAUUCUGGCUAGGGGCGCGGGCGAUUUUGAGGGAGAAGAUUAUUCCAAUGGGAGUGAGAGAUUCCGAACUCGCGAAACAGAGACACGGUAAAUUGUUGUACAGCGCGGUUACCCGAUUGGAAGAGCGUAUAGUGGAUGAGUUGAUCGGUAUCCGCGAUAUUCUAGGGGCGGAGACGUGA